AUGGAUCCAGACUUCCAGCCAUCAGUUGAAAAUCUACAAGAACAACUCAACCGGGUCCAAGCCAAGAAGCCUCAAUUCCUCGCCAUUGGCCAAGAUCUGUUGACUGAUCUAGCUGCCCGUAACUUAACACCACUGGCGAGAUCUGAACAAUUUGACGAAGUCGCUGGAAGCAUUCUGAAAGCCCAGGGAAGGCACGAUGCAAAGAUUUCUAGUAAGGUCACGACAUGGCUCUCGAAGCUUGCGCCUCUUGCCAGCAUCGCUCUAGGCGUGACUGGCUUCGUAGCCGAGGCCGCGCCCGUACCUGCCCUCAGCCUUGUCGUCACUGGCCUUGGAGCAGUACUGUCGUUUGCAGAGAAAGAAGGGCAGAGGAGCGAGUCGGUGGUAAAACAACUGGAGUCGAUCUCGUACAACCGGCGGUCCGUCGAAAGGGUCGUAGAUGCUAACAAGACAGGCGACGCAGACCUUACAUCAGCUUGUAUGAUGACUUUUGUCGAGCUCAACAACUUCCUCGCCAUCAGCAUCAGAUAUCUGUCGACUACGCUAUUCCUGCGGCUUUUCCAAGGACUGAGUGCUUCAAGCGUUGAUGAACGGAGCGCUGCGCUGAACGCUGCUUUCACCAAUUUCGAUCGAGUCCUACAACACACUGUGAAUUUGAUCGUGCUUGAGGACAACGAAAAUCGACUUCACCAGGAGCUUCUGUCGUCAUUCGGUCCCUUGCCACUGUCAGAAUUCUCGCGGGAGCAGGAUAGGUUGUUGUCAAACCUGUGUGCUGGUACAGGCGACUGGUUCCUUGACUCUGAUCAAGUCAAGGCCUUUCUGAAUGGCGAUAUCUCAUGGCUAUGGUGUCAAGGGCAAGCUGGCGUUGGGAAAUCAUACCUCGCUUCACGUGUCAUCAAUCAUCUGGAGAUACAGCUGCCUCGGAUCAACAGUGGCCCAGUUUCUGAACUUGCAAUAUUGGCCUACGUAUUUUGCCACAACAACCAUGUGCGUAAGGCAGAAGGCGAUUAUAUGGACGCCCUACUUGGGGCGAUUGCUGCUCAAGUGCUGCGACACCGCUCCAACAACCUGCUCAGGCUAGGCAACGCGUUUCGAGACCAGCAUAAGCAUAAGGCAACCCGUGGCGCCGACUACAUGGCUUUUGUCAAGUCCACAUUGCCCUACAUACGUACCCUCUACCUCAUUGUUGAUGCCAUAGACGAGAUUGGGCAGGCCUCCCUGGUGAGUGUCUUUGCACGGAACCUGGGGUGGCUGCUCGAUGAUUCUGAAAACAAAGUUCGGCUACUCACUACAACGCGACCGGGCAUUGUGCCACAAGAUAACUCCAUUUUCGAUUUGCCAUCUGUCAAAGUCAUGAAUGUCGAAACAGGUGUCGAAGAUCUGCAGACUUAUAUCCAGCAACGAAUCGAUGCAGCACCCCCACAGUUCUUCAGCCUACCGAAAGAUUUGCGGGACGAGAUUGUGGCAACAGUCGUUCCGCGGAAGCAAGCCAGGAAGUCCUGGAGAGCUCCGGGCUGCCUGAGUCGACUGAAGCCCGAUGUUGAUGCUUACUACGACGAUGCCGUGGCGCGGAUUGGCAAGGCCGAAGUCGUCAUGCGGCUUAUGCUUUGGAUACUAAUCCUUCCGCGUGCCAUAACCGAACGUCAACUUGCAACCUGGCAAAGCAUACAUCCCACACAGCGCAAAGGCCCGCUGCAUAUCCAGGAACUCCUUCAUGCGAUCGCGAUCUCUGGAAUCUCCCGACCUGAGAGCCUUGUAUCGAUGAGAAGCUUCCUGCCUGAGAGUAUUCCGUCGCUCGUGGGAGGCUCAGGAGGUCUCUGUGUCAUGAAUCCAGCAGAAGACACAGUCUCAUACGCUCAUCCAACAGUGCAGCAAUACCUUCUCCGCAGGCGAACCUCCCUUUUUCCUAACAUUGAAGUCGAUCGUUGCAGAGCCUGUAUCGCAUACUUGAGCCUGAAAGACUUCGAAAGCGGCGCUUGCAAAACCCGAUUGGAGUGGAACAACCGACUUGAGAAGUUUCCAAUUCUGGAGUACGCGGCUCGACACUGGUGUCAAGUCCUUGGUUUCGAUCAGGAUUCGGAAGAAGUCAAUCGCCAAGUCGAAGACCUGAUCGUCCAACUCUUGUCACACGAUGGGCUCCGCGCCAAUCUCGCUCAGUGCCAGGCGUACAGCAACGGGUGGAUGGGAGUCAAGAGCAUCCACAUCUCACGAACCACGGCGCUUCUUGUUGCCAUGCAAUUCAAUUUAAUGGGUGUCAUGACCAAGCUGCUAUAUAGCAAUGUGAACCAGCUCGAAUUUUACGUCAACGAACAAAAUGAAGCUGGACAAACCGCUCUAGACCUGGCUGUCACCGCGGGUCCGGAAUGGACGGCUCUUCUUCUAGAUCAUGACGCGGAGGUUCGAAGCGAUGCAGAUCCUAGGCGUGGCCGAAAGGCACGCAGCGCGCUGGACGUUGCGCUUGCAUAUCUCAGCAACCAAAUUCGGAAUCGCGUGGUCGAUGGCGUCUGGUCACACAGUCACCUCGAGGUCGUGAAACUUCUGCUCAGACAUGACCCAACGCUGACCGUCGAUGUGCGGAGUGUAGCCGAAUCAUCACUCGGCUGGCUCAGUCGGUACAAAUAUAGGACCAUGAUGCCAGACGUGGAUUUCGACUUGGAAGAAGGUCAAUACGUCGAUGCACGUCUGGCGAAGGAACGUUUUGAGGUCAUGGAGCUGGAGAGCCUCCAGAAGAUGUUGGAUGCAGAGCAAUCAGCACGACGGCAGCAGCGGUGGUGGGAGAAGUGGCAACCACGGCGGCGCACGGCAUCGACAUUCAUGGAGACUACCGUAUCUGAUUCCCAUUCUGACUCCGAUUCUGAUUCCGAUUCCGAGACCGACAGAGCCGCCCUAGCGCAGCAGAUGGGCAAUCUCCGCGUCCGUCGCGGGCAGCUUCGGGAUGUCGUUGGUCCAGCAACGCGUAGGAGGAUCAAGGAAGAGCGACCCAUGAUGGAGGAGUGA